CUGGAGCGGCUGGAAAAGUAAUGUCUAGAUAGCGUCAUGAUAUGUAUCCAGUAGACAGUUAAUUAAAAAACGAACUGUCGUAGAAUCUGAAUCUCUAGCCAAUUUGACUUCAUACAUGGACAGAGCAUGCGCACUUACUUCGUGCUUUAGAAAGUUCUCUUCGCUAUUUCUCAAGCUUGUACUCGUACUUUUUCGCCUAACAAGCCUGAAAAUGAGCUGGGACUCAUACAUCGACAACUUGAUUGCUCAGUCUAUGGACACGAGAGGUGGACUUCACGUAUCGAAGGCCUGCAUUAUCGGUCUAGACGGCGGCGGAAAGUGGACGACAGACGGUCAUGCUAACGCGUUUAAGAUCACACCACAGGAAGGAGCUGAGAUUGCAAAGGUUAUGAAAUCCAAAGAUUUUACAAACUUCCAAAUGUCUGGAGUGUAUUGUGAGGGUGACAGAUAUUUGUUUUUGAAAGAACAAGAUUCAAAAAUAGUAUAUGCCAGGAGAAGAGCAGUCGGCACAACUACUAUUCAAGCCAGCAAGACAGGAAUCGUUAUUGCUUUGUGUCCAACAGAUUCUCUACAUGGCAAUUGCAACAAAGCGGUGAAUGUAAUUGUCGAGUAUUUGGAAUCUUUGGGCAUGUAGAGAUCUUGCAAGAGGUAUUUCACAAAGACAUGUUAGUCAAGGAAUUGGAAUUGAGUAGUACUUAGUCUCUGUUCACUCUCACUUUGGAUCAGAAGUUUAUGAUGAAGCGCCUGUGUUUGUAUAGAAACAACUGACUAGGUGCUGCUAUUCCAAAUAGCUUCAUUUGCAUCACAAAACUAUGAAAACACAGUAGAGUAUGCAUACUGCUACCAAUUUGAGGGGCAGUCAUUACUAAUUGUUCAGGGGGGUGGAAAAUUUGCUGGGGGCCCCAUAGUUUGAUAUGCGAACCCUGCAAAAUAUGCCUGCUAAAAUCUUCUGACCCCCGCUGUCUGUCAAUUAACUUAAUUUAGAUGAGCCCAUAUAUGUGCAUGUACAUGUAUACAUGUAAUAUAUAAUCAUAUAGGUAUGUACAAUAGAAAGUCUGUUUGAGGGCUCGUGUGUGUCCUAGGUAUGAUUUCUAAAGUUCGUCCUUUCUAUUCAACCCACUGACAAAACAAGUAAAGCAGCAAUCGCCGUUUUCAGUAAUGCAAGUGUGCAAAGUGCUUAGAAAGAUACUUUUCUUGCAUAUACGUAAUUCUAUACAUUAUGUAUACAGCUAAUAUCAUAAACAUCCCUGAAAAAUUAUGACCCCCCCCCCCAACAGAAGAUGACCAAAUGCUUAGUGAUCCCUGCAAAUCACUGAAUUUCAAAGUUAAGAUCCUCCAGCAAAUUUGCAAGCCCCUCCAGACACUUAAGAAUGACCGGCCCCAAAGAACAAGCCAAAUGUUGGUAUGAACUGGACGCAGCAAGAACAUUGGAAUCAAUUACAGCAUUUGAGAUAAUUGGCGAUAUCUGUUCUUGUGGCAAUUUAGGGUAACAAUAAUGCUGUAAUAUACUAAAGACUUUGAUAUGAAGAAUUCUAAUCCUUGCAUGUAGGUCUGGUUUACAAGGCUGGCUGUGGUAUUGGAAAAAUCCAAGCUCUUGCGCUUUCAAAUGAUACCAAGAUUAGACCACCUCGAACGCACCAAAAAUAUGGGAGUUAUUGCGAUUUUCGUAAUUGUGAAGUUUAGUAGCUUUUUAGCUGGUUUGUUAGACACUCAGUUGAGUGUUUUCAAUCAGAUUUGAGACGUGCAAUUUGAUUAUGAGCAUCAGUACCCUAAUUCCAGGUAAUGAUUUGACAUCAUUCAUUACAACAGUGAGUCGGCAUUGAGUAAGAUGUGUCUUUGGUGCAUCCACAAAGAGGUGGCUUUCUUGUGAAUUUUAGGGGACAAAACAAGAUCAUUGCAUGAUAUGACAUCUUCAGCUCCUGCUUUUAUCCUUUUGGUACAAAAAUUAUUGACCAUUAAACUUAUUUUGUUAUAUUAGUUUGCUUAUCUACCUAGGUCUUCGUUUUGUGGGUCUCUGGUCAAUAGCAAAAGUUUCAGGACUUUAGUAAUUCACACACU